AUGGGUGCUUUAGAAGAAGGCUUCAUUGUGCCCUUCUCUGACUCUGAUGCACAUUUUGAUGCUGCGGUUGGAUAUUUAGAGGACGUUAUCAUGGAUGAAGAUUUCCAGUUAUUACAGAGAAAUUUCAUCAACAACUACUACCAGGAGUUUGAGGACACCAAAGAGAAUAAACUCACCUACACACCUAUUUUUAAUGAAUAUAUUUCUUUGGCGGGAAAGUAUAUAGAAGAACAGUAUAUAGAAGAAAAACAGUUGCUGGAGCAAAUUCUUGGCUUUACCAUGGCAACUUUCACAACGUUACAGCACCACAAAGAUGAAGUGGUUGGUGACAUACUCCAAAUGCUGCUCAAAUUUACAGAUUUUCUGGCUUUUAAAGAAAUGUUUCUGGACUGCAGAGCAGAAAAAGAAGGCCAGAGACUGGACUUAAGCCGUGGUUUAGUGGAGACUUCAUUGUGCAAAUCAUCUUCUAUGACAGCUUCUCAGAACAAUCUGCAGCAGUAGGACCUACCUCCAGACAAUGAAUGGGAUCAUUCUCAAUUUCACGGGCUCAGUAGUUCAAUAGGCUCAGCUCAUGAUGACAGGAGAACGUAUCCUGGAAAAAUUGAUUCUGUUCUGCAACUCUUCAUUCGCAUUAAAUAUUGAUGGGGUAAAAGCCAAAAUGA